AUGCAAGCACAACAGAUAUAUCAUCGAGCAUUGCCUAUUGAUUGGAUAUGGCGUUCGGAUUUAGAUGUUCUGUUCGGUUUACACAAUGUAUUCAUGCAGUCAUCAGGCCUCAACCAACCAUCACCAUUAUCUUCACCUUCAUCGUCACCUGGACAAGCUUCAAUUCCCUUAAAGUUAACGUGGGAUGACUUAAGAGCAAUAUCACCGGAAUUCUUUAAUUUAGCUAUCGCAUUUCUUGUGCUUAGUUUACGUUAUCCAAGUGUAUUUUGGUAUACAAAUCGUGGAUUUUCAUUCGUAUUCUCCUUACUAUUACUACUGAUAGGUGUGAAUGCUUUAUUGGAAUGUUGUGCAACAUCUAUACUUGUCCGACUUGGUUGGAAUCAACACCUACUGCCACGUGAUAUUUGGCCAGCUGAAAUAAAACUUGUUACAUUUCCGAAUCUACCAGUGGGUGAUUCAAGCACUGAACAAAUUUCAGUUAAAACAAGUAAACCAAAUGGAGAUAAAUCAGAGUUUUCAGAUAUACUAACCGUAGAAUCAAAUCUGACGCUAAGUAUCAUUGGACCAUUGGCACUUUCAUUCCUUGGAACCAUAUUAUUUCUUAGCCUUUUUAUAGCAAUGUUCGAGUAUGGUUAUCAUCAGUUCACAGAAAAUCUUGCAGCCUAUAGACAUUACCUUAUUGGUUCAUGCAAUGGAAAUGGUUAUCCACUUCUCAAUGGUGGUCUUAUGCCAAGUAGUGAAUUGAUGGAAGGACGCAGUAAUUGUGGAGUAAAUGGAAACGGUUUAUCGUCAGCAACAGUAUUUAACCAUACAGUUACAGAGUCAAUACACUCGGGUCAAAUGAGUGGUGGAAAGUCUAGUCAUUGUUUGGGCAAUGGAAAUGACACUAACGGUUGGAUGUCACGUAAAACUCGUGGUUAUAGCUAUGGUGCAGAGAUGCUACAUGCUGGAUGUCGGUGUUACCUGUAUUCAUAUGCACCACAUAUAUGUGCUUUAAUUGGGAGUCUAAUUGUGCUGGCGUUUAAAAUACCAAUAAUGUGGGAUUGCAUACUAGUCUAUAGGAUAACAAGAAAUUCCAUUCUGUUAUUCAGUGUAAUCUCAGGGAUCAUUGUCAUAUUUGUCUGGUUUAUUGCUUGGUUUGCAUUCACCUUGAAACCAGCUUGGAAAUUUCAAGUGAAUCUUCCCCUGCAAACAUUAUCAUCACCAGGUGUUAUGACAACAGGAUUUCAACCAAUGAAUUUUAUCCCACCCAUUAGUUAUCAACCAGUCAAUGAUAUGAUACACAAUUCAAUGUUUAAUAGUCAAAUACGACAAACAACAACAUCAGCAUCAAAUUAUGGGAUACCAAUGAAUGGAACAAUUAACCGACUAACAGGACCAUUGCAUAAUCCAAAUUCAACAAAUAUUCAUACACAAAUGACUUUACUCGGUUCAACUGAUGAUGGUUUUACGCAUACAGAUGUGAAUGGAGCACAGGCAGUUGGUGUACCAUCAAGUCCUAUUUAUGCUUGUUUUCAUGACAGAAACACAGGAUUCUAUGGCGUAUCAGCCAGUGCAUCAAGUAUUGGUAUGCCAAUGAAUGCCCAGGUAUUACUUAGCCCAGAAAUGAUAAAUAAUAAUAAUACUGGUAAUCAUAAUAACACCUUAAAUUUAGUGAAUUCAUCCAAUGGACCUAGUCAUCAGACUAAUAGUAAUGUAGAUUCACGUAAUGGAGAAUAUGGAAGUGAAGAUACUGAAGCUGGAAGUCGACAAAGUGGUGGAAAUAACUACGUUUGUCUUCAGAGUGCGCUGAAUUCAAACAAUAUGCCAAAUUUAGGUCAAGCUGUCCUUGUUGCAGGUGGCAGUAAUAAUUCCAAUAACAAUAAUAAUGAUGGAAUUGGAUUGGCGACAUUAGCAUCAAUUACAAUAUCAUCAUCUGGGCAGUUGCAAUAUCCCACGUUGAGUUUAUAUUCAGGACGUAUAAACGGUAGUAAUAACAUUAAUAAUACUGGCAAUACAUAUAAUAAUGCAACAAAUAAUAACCAGUUGUCGUCCAGCUCAUCAGGUCACGGUGGAGUUGAUGAUGAUGACAAUUCAACGAACACGAUACAACCUGCAAAUAAAAAUCCAAUUCAAGGUGGAACUUCAUAUUCGGGAUUCUGUCUCACAUCACCAAAAGUUUCCCAUUCAAAUUCCUUUUCCUUACUAAGCCGUUUUCCAAAUGUAACAUCCACCGAUCCACGAACAGCAUCUGAACCUUAUGGAAACUUUCCAAGAACUGGUACUUCAAAUGAACCAACUUAUAUGAGAUCACAUCAGAAUGCUAUAGCAUCUUCACCUGGUGAAUGUGGAUUAAUGAACCUUAUUUCACAGAACAACAACGGUUCAAUAACUCCUGUUAACAUUACAUCACCUUCAAAUGGACCAAGAGUUACAUUUAGAGAUGACAUCAACUCAACCGAUGUGAGUGCAUCUGGCAUGUCAAAUGGACCGACUUUAAUCCGUAGUAGUCCAUCAGACAAUAAAUCAACAGAGGAAAAGGUAAAUGAUAAGGAAAAAGCUGGCACAAUCACGUUUGGUAGUGGUCCAUACGAUAAUGCAUUUCCGGCAACAUUUCGUUCAAGUUUAGUUAUUAAAAGUCAUUCACAAGGAGUUAGUAAAAAUCAGUCAGAGACUGCUGAAUCAACCAAACCAACGUCAAACACAUUUAUGAAUAGUUCAGCUUUUAUAAGACAUGGAAAUGCAAUCGGUGGCAGUGGUAGCAGUAAUAAUACAAAUCUAUACUCUUUAUAUCCAAACACAAAUAUGAAUCAGACAACAAUUCCAGAAAUGAUGGAAAACUCACUUAUAAGUGUUCAUAAUAGUAAUAAAAAUACCAGUAAUAACAGCCAUUUAUGUAGUCGAAUGGCUAGUAACAAUAAUAACAACAAUAAUAGUAGUGUAAUGAUUGGUGAUACUUUUGUUGUCAAUGGACAGCCUAAUUCUAUGGAAGAAUUGCCUUUACUACUUUCAUCUCACUUAUCAACGGAUGAAAGUCAAGAAACUAGACUGUGCAGUCAAGUUUAA